AUGCCUUCUUGCCUCAUCUUCUCUCUGCAGAACCUGCUAAAUGAUUCAGGUGGACUCACGCUAGCGAAACUCAAGUCCAUGUCCGAAUCUCUCGGCAUUAAAGAUAAAAAGUCGGUUAUUGACUUGGCAUUUCGGGAUAAAAUGCUAGGUCUUUUGUCCAUCAAUUCAACAGACAGCAUGAAGGUGCUACUGAAGAUGAGUGUGGCAGCUGCCGUCGCUGACAUCUGCUCCGCAGCUACUCCUUUUCUCCUAUUUGCAGACCUCUUUAAUACCAAACCCAUAUCAGAUGCAGAGGAGAACUUUCACUUUAUGGAACAGACUAUCACGGCUCUGAAAGAUGUCUCCCUGUUCGGCCCCGGACGAAAUGUUCUGCUUAGAAUGUGCAACGACCUUCUUCGUCGGUUGUCAAAGUCACAGAAUACCGUAUUUUGCGGCCGAAUUCAGCUCUUUCUGACGCGACUCUUCCCUCUUGACGAGAAGUCUGGUCUAAAUCUAAUGAGCAACUUCAACACACAAAAGGAGAUCUCCUACAGCAAGGAGCCUGAUGAAAGCUUGUUCCAGUCCCUUGUAAAUUAUAAGGCCGAGUCGAGCGAAGACACUGUCAAGCCCCUCAGCGACUUGAAAGUUAAUGCUCAGCUCUACCAAAAGUUCUGGUCCCUGCAGGAGUUUCUGCGGACGCCAAAUCUGUGUUACACUAAGGAGGGUUGGACGGGCUUCACGGAUUGUGCCCAAUGUGUCAUUGACACGUUUUCUAGCAUUAAAAUAAUGAAUGCAGUGGAUUCUGAGCGUCGAUGGCAUUCGAGUGGAACUAAAUUCACAAUUUAUCUGACCAGUGAAAAGCUCCUGGACCUCCAACUAAUGGACACCAACUUCAGACGAUACAUCCUUGUUCAGCUGCUUAUCAUAUUUCAGUAUCUGGCGGCCCAAGUUAAAUUUAAGAGUGCCACACAAGCACUAGACGAAGUUCAGGCGAAGUGGGUCAAGUCACGACGUGAAGAAAUUGUCAAACUCCUCGACGGGGCUUUAGAUUCUGAGCUAGCCGCUGGAACGCCCAUUUCGCCAUCUUUUGCAGUUGUCAAUCAUAUCCUUGAACGUGAGACUCAUUGGAAUCGUUGGAAGAAUGAGGGUUGUCCGUCUUUCAUUCGAACUCUGGAGAAGUCGUCAUUACCCUCCCGGAAGCGACGGACGAACCCACUGGUCGACAGAUCAGGCAAUAAACUGUUUCGCUUUGGAAAUCGUGAAUUGGACAAGCUCUGGUCACUUGCACCUGACAAUCUCGAGGCAUGCAGAGAUAAAAAACGACUUUUCCGGCCCGACCUCUACGAACAUUUUCGGGACGCCAUCCUCGAGCUGGAUCCAAAAGAGAAAGUUGAGGAGCAGUAUAAGUAA